AUGCGCGCUAACCUAAAAUUUCAACGUGUGGUAAAUAAUUUGAAGAAUAAAAUUCAAAACACUUUAUUUAAAAAAAAUAUUUGUCAAAAGUGCACGCUGUUGAACAACGUUGUAGAAUUAAAUAACAGAAAUAGGUAGAAGUAUAAGUUAAAAAUUGUGUGUCAAAAAAUCUGAAUUCAGAUUGAAGACACCGCAUUUUUAUUUGAGCACUUAACCUAUCAAAAGAAGGAGAGAAAGUGUGAGCAGCAACUAAUCACAUUUGGUUCACUUUUGCGUUCUUUUCUUUGUGCAUCACAAUAAUUGGAAAGAGUUGAUUAUCGAUUAUUUUAACAAUUUCGAGGAUUAGCGUAAGGUAAUCCCAAAACUCUGCAUGUUUUCAAUGCCUGUCUCGUUACAAAAACUGUUAAUGAAAUUGUCGAUAAAUAAUUUCGUUAGGAAAAUAAGAUUUAACAAUUUUGCUUGGCUUUUAUUAUUUAUACGAAUAAAAAUAUUACACUGCUGCCAACUGGUUUGUCCAACUUCCAUCACGCGAGUCUAUUGUAACCUUAAAAUGCGUCUUAUCCUCGUUCUUAUUCACGUCCUUUUUCGUUUUUUUUUCUUUUACAGGAAUUAAGUUUAUAAUAACAGUUUGAAGGACAGCUUUUCAUUUUUUAUGUUGUCUUGAUAUAUAAUAAAAUAUUCAUUUUUGAAAAUGUCAGAAAACAAAUAGCAUAACCAGCUGUUCACGCGCUGACGAUUCGACUGCUUUUGUAAACUUGUAAACAAUAUUCACAAAUUAAAUUCGCACGCAAUGUCUUUCACCUUUAUUAAUGAUUUUGCAGUAAAUUUUGUCGAAACUGAAGAAACUCGGAACCUCACCUCACGAAAAACUCGAGUUGCAAUUGACGAAACUACUUUUUAUUUAUAAAUAUCUCAGACUUACUGCCAAAUAGGACCAUAUAGUCUAAACAUUUAUCCUUGACAUUUCGUCAACGAGAUCGCGAGAUUGUUUCGGAACUUGUUGGCAAGAUAUUGCGAAAACCGAAACGCCAAACUCAUUCGUCCAGAAAGCAUGACAUACUGAAAAGAACACAUCUCAUAUGUGUCGUCUGCUUGCAAUACUCGUGACGUCAUACGGACAAUCAGCUGAGACAUAUCAAUUACAUUGAUCUUUUAUCGAUGAAAAGAUUUUAAGAGGAAACUUAUCGAAUUAUACUUUGGAAAAUUUGCAAUGACGAAAAUGGACGAAAUGAUGAUUCGAGUGCUGUACGGAAGCGAGACCGGAACCGCACAAGACGUCGCUGAACAGAUCUGGAAAAGCGCCAAAAGGUUUUGUAUUAAAAAAUUACGAAGUACUGUAUCGUCUCUGGAUGACUACAACAUUCAAAAUCUUUCUUCAGAAGAAUUAAUUGUCUUUAUUGUUUCAACCACUGGACAAGGAGAUCCUCCGGUCAACAUGAAACAAUUCUGGAGGCAUUUAUUACGCAAGAAUCUUCCAACAAAUCUUCUCCAGAACCUAAAAUAUGGUGUACUUGGUUUAGGUGAUAGUUCCUAUUCAAAAUUCAACUUUGCUGCGAAGAAAUUAAACAAACGUCUUGCGCAAUUGGGUGGAAAUGAAUUAUUACCCAUUGGACUUGCUGAUGAUCAGCAUAAUCUAGGAAUUGAUGCUGUGGUUGAUCCAUGGAUCAGAAAAUUGUGGGAAGAAAUUGCAAACAUUUUUAACGUUUCUAUAGAAGACGAAAUUGACGAAGAAAAUUUGAUAAUUGAAAGGUAUAAUAUUUCGAUAAUAGAAAUUGAUCAAUCAAAUUCAAUAACUAUUGACAAACAAUCAAUAGAUAGUUUAUAUCAUUCAAAUACUAAUAUUUAUGCACAUGAAAUACUUGUAAAUAGCAAAGUUAAAAUAGGAACAAUGGUUGAAAAUAUAAGAACCACCACGGAAGAUCAUUUUCAAGAUGUUAGAUUAAUAAAAAUUCAGGGAAAUGAUAUUAGAUAUAAUCCUGGAGAUGUUAUCUAUAUCAGACCAAAAAAUUCUAUGGAACAAAUAAAACGUUUCUUUGAUAUACUCUAUGAACACAAUAUAAAACUAUUUCCAAACACAAUAAUUAAAGUAUCAGAGAAAGAAAUCAAGAUUCCAUUUGUUUUAAAUCAAACUUUAACUCUGGGAGAGAUCGUUGAACAGUAUUGGGAUCUGAAUUUCAAGCCACGGAGAUCUACUAUGCAUCUUUUAUCUCUUAUUAGUGAAAAUGAGCUGGAAAAGGAAAAAUUGUGCGAAUUUGCUAGUCCAGUUGGCCAGGAAGAACUUUAUGAUUACGUAAAUAGACCGAGGAGAAACAUUUUGGAGGUUCUUGCAGAUUUCCCUCACACCACCAGUAAAAUGAACAUUCAAUUGUUGUUCGAAAUCAUGUCUCCCAUAAAGCCACGUCCUUAUAGCAUCGCCUCUAGUUCAAAAGCUACUCCAAAUAGUAUACAAAUUUUGGUAGCAAUAGUUAAGUAUAAAACUAGAUUGAUGGAACCAAGAUUUGGUUUGUGUUCAAAGUGGCUGGCAAGUUUAAAAACUAACGAUAAAGUGAUAUUUUGGUUACAAAAGGGAACUUUUCAGUUUAAAGAUAAUAAACCGAUGAUCUUGAUUGGUCCUGGAACCGGAGUGGCUCCAUUUAGAUCUUUGCUUUUGGAAAAAGCAAUGGAGGGAGAAAAUUUGAUGGAAUAUAUCUUGUUUUUUGGCUGUAGAAAUAAGGAUAAGGAUUAUCACUGUAGAGAUGAUUUUGAACGUUUAUCAAAAGAGAAUAAUUUGAAAGUGUUCUGCGCAUUUUCCAGAGACCAGAAUCGUAAAAUAUAUGUGCAACAUGUUAUCCAUCAGCAAAGAGAACUAUGUUGGCAGUUUUUACAGAAUAACGGCGGUGUUUAUUUAGCAGGGAAUUCUAAAAACAUUUUAAAUAAAUUUCAAAUAAUUGUAGGUUCCGAACCUGUACGUCUUUCGCCGGGCUGGGAAGGCACGGGCAGGCCUGAUGACGAGUUGAAUUUUAAAGGCGUCACAAUGGAUCAAGCAGAUCUUGAAUUGAACCCUCCUAAGGAUAGAUUAAAUAUAGUAUUUUACAUACUGGUACUUCAUGGAAUUGGUGCCUUGAUGCCAUGGAAUAUGUUCAUAACAGCUAAAGAUUAUUUUGUCAGCUAUAAAUUGUCUAAAGAGUACACUGGUAUAGAUACAAACUAUGCGACGAAUUUUCUCGCAUAUCUAGGAUUCGCAUCACAAGUGCCGAAUCUGAUAUUUAAUUGGCUGAACGUAUUUUUACAAUUUGGAGGCAAUUUAACGACGCGCAUUGUAUGGAGUAUUUUCAUGCUGGUCUUGAUAUUCGUCUUUACUGUCGUCUUGGCAAUGACUGAUAGUUCUGGCUGGCCUGGAGUGUUUUUCUGGAUCACUAUGGUAUCUGUUGUUAUAUUAAACAUUGCAAAUGGCAUUUACCAAAACUCCGUGUUUGGAAUGGCAGCGAAAUUGCCUAUAAAGUACACAGGUGCCGUCGUCUUAGGCUCGAAUAUCAGUGGUACAUUAACAGCCGUAAUAAAUUUCCUUGCUCAAAUAGUAGCGCCAAAUGCGCGUACCGCCGCUAUAUAUUACUUCAUUACGGCUUUAUUCGUUCUUCUGGCUUGCUUCGAUACAUACUUCGCACUUCCAAUUAAUAGAUUUUAUCGGUAUCACGAACUAAUUCAUCAGAAAGAAGCGAAUAAAAGACAAUUGGAGAACAGUUCAAGGGGAAAUCAGAGACCACCUUAUUGGACAGUAUUCAAAGGAUGUUUCCCCCAAUGUUUCAACACGUUUUUAGUCUUUUUUGUGACUCUUGCACUUUUCCCAUCUGUUCAGUCUGAUAUAACAUAUUCAGACAAGGAUUUUAUAAUUCCAAAUGAAUAUUAUAGCAGCGUCAUGUGCUUCUUAACAUUUAAUAUUACUGCCAUGCUUGGAAGUACAAUUGCGUCAUUUGUUCAAUGGCCCAGCAAAAAGUAUCUGGUGAUUCCAGUAGUUUUGCGACUUGCUUAUAUACCGUUGUUUUUAUUAUGCAACUAUCAGCCGGCUCGCACAACAAGAAUAUUACCUAUACUCAUCAAUGAUGAUCGGAUAUAUUGGGUCAUAGCUAUUACUAUGGGCCUUAGCAGUGGCUACUUGUCAUCAUUAUCAAUGAUGUACUGCCCCAGAAUGGUGGACUCACAGCAUGCCUCAACAGCUGGCAUGUUCGGAGCAGCAUCUUUAAUCACGGGAAUCUUUACGGGAAUCUUGUUUUCUAUGGUGAUGCCGAGUCUCGUGGCAAGCGUGACGUUUUAAUUGUUUAAAGAUGCAGUUUAGCAUCGCGAAAUGCUUAUAUCUACUCAGAAGACGGAAACACGAUUGAAGAUUAAGGGUACAUAGUUUAUCUUCUCUAGUUAUAAACUAAAAUGAUGAAACAACAAUUGAUGAACACGAAGAAAAAACAAUCAAGAAGAAAAAAUAUAAAAUGUUACUUCUGAGAACAACUUGGAAAAAAAGAAAUAAGAAGAUGAACAUCGCUUAUUUUAACUCGAAUAAGAUAAGUUAAUUUGCUUAUAUAUAUAUAUAUAUAUGAUAAAUACAUACACAUAUAUCUAAUCGUACAAUUCUUUAAAUUACACUAUAACGACUAAGCUUUUAAUUAAGUAAAAGCCACUUGAAGUAAUGCGUGUUUUUUAUAAGCGUGUGAUUUGGAGUUUUUAUUGAUUGAUAAUUUUUAAUAUCCCGUUAAUAGGAAAAAUAGUCAACGUAAGUUAAAGUGCAUUAAUGAUCCAGAAUGAUCGUUUUACAACAGAUAUGUAUAGGAAAUGUCGGUAUUCAUGGUUUUAUGAGAAUUAUAGAAAAACUAAUUCUAUUACAUUACUACUGCCCUUAUUAAUAAAACCGGACCAAUAAGCCUUAUUAAAAAAAAUUUAAAAAAAAGAGAAAGAAAAUGAUACAGUACUCCGUUCUUCACAUUAUUUAAGUAGAAACUGCUAAAUUUAUCAAAAAGAUCACAUAUUGAGAUUUGUACAACGUUCGUUAUGCGUUUAGCACAAUUGUUUUUUUUUAUUUAUUGACGACAUAUUUAAAAUGUAGAAUUAUCAUCGCUCUUUCAUCUAGUACUAAACGUGUAACGAAAAUACCUCUUAAUAGAUAAGCAUUACAUGUUUAAAUAGAGUUUAUGCUAAAGUUGCCACACUAAAGUUUUGUGCAAAGAGAAUAUUUCUUUUCUUCUAAAUUUCGGCCAUAAAAUAUGUGCAAUAAGAAAAGGAUAAUUUUAAAAGCGAUUUUUUAAAAUAACAAUUGUGACAAAAAUUCUGUAAAUUAAACAGUUACUGUUUUAUUUAAAAUGUAAAUUGUAAUGUAAAUUUAAUGUAAAUUAUAUAAAAUCCAAAUCAACAAACGAAAAUAUGUUAGGAUCUUUAUUAAGUCGACAAAGUGUUCCGCAAAUAAUACAAAAUAGAAGGCCAAGUCUAGUAAUUUCUUCACAUCAUAAUUGACAAAGUAUAGCAGAAUCUCAUAUAAUUCUCAUAUUUAUUAUAGUCUCAUUAUAAAUUUCCAUAUUAUUUUUAGUGUUAUAAUUUCUGUAAUUAUGGUUGUGUUUGUUAAUAUUUUUUAGUGCUUUGUUUAAUACUCUUACUGGAUAAUAUAUUCAAUAUACAAUUGUAUAAUAUAUACUCAUGAAAAAUUAUUAUCUCGAUUUUUCAAGGUUGUAAUUAAUCGAAUAUAAUUUUCCCAAAACCAAAUUUUUCUUAUUUAUAUUUUACAACACACUGCCAAUAGAUUUGAUAGCAAUUUGUUUGUCAAUAGAUUAAAUAGAUUUUAUUGUGUUUUCGUAAAUCUGUUUCAUAAUACUUGAAAUAAGUUAUACUACGUCAAGAGAAAUGAUGUAGGAGAAUCAAGAUUGUUGGCCAUUCGAUUGAUACUAGUCUUCUUAUAAUUCUGAUACAAAUUUUCUAUCUUAUUUAUGGAUUUACUGAGUGACAACUUUAGAAAUUGAAAAUAGUUACAACUUUUCUUUAUAUGGCUAUGAUUUUAUUUUAGAUUACCUACACAAUCUUUCAUAUUUUUUGCCAUAUGUAUACUUAUUUUGUAUGUUAUUUAUGUUUUUAAUUACACACAUUAACCA